GCCUCUUGCUUUGUUCCUGCAUCGCAUCCCCUACUUCUAAUGAAGAUGGAAAUUCCUAGCACCCACAUCUGUGAUUAUCUGUGGGGUUAGGCACUCAUCAGACUACUUUGCUUGUAAAAAAAUCCCCUACCCUGGUAACUCAGAGUAGCCUUGCAAUGAGCUGCAGAAGGGGCUCCUGAGCCAGCAUGUUAAGGAAAAAGCUGUUUCCAGGUCCCAUGGAAGACAUGGGACUAGCUAGAGGCCUGCAGCUGAAGGAAAGAUGCUUCCCUCUUAUCUGCACUGACAGCAGCAGAGUGAAUAUUUCCACCAUUUGGAGCCAAGAAGAGAAGAAUAAAAUACAACAGGCAAUGAGAAGCAACACCAGUGUCCGACAGACUGUUAUAUGCUGUAUACGCUGUGCAUACACCGCAUUGCCUUCCUUGAGGAGAAAAAUGAGCUGGGAAUUCCUAUGUGAUCUACUGAGUGGAGUGAAUAAAUAUUCAACAAGAAUUGGAAGAAUUUGGGUAGCAAUUGUGUUCAUGUUCCGCUUACUGGUUUACAUUGUGGCCACAGAAAACAUCUGGAAAAAUGAACACGAUGAAUUCGAAUGCAAUAUCAGGCAGCCUGGUUGUGAAAAUGUCUGCUUUGACCAUUUUUUCCCUGUCUCCCACAUCAGACUUUUGGCUUUGCAAUUAAUCAUGGUCUCCACCCCUUCACUCUUCGUUGUUUUUCAUGUUGUUUAUCAAGAGAACAGAGAGAAACACCAUAAUCAGAAACUUUAUAAAAGUCCAGGAGAGAUAGAUGGUGGAUUGCUAUGCACUUACCUUAUCAGCCUUAUUUUAAAAACGGGAUUUGAAAUAGUUUUUCUUGUUCUGUUUUAUAAAUUGUACAAUGGAUUCAAAGUACCACGCCUUGUGAAAUGUGACAUAAGACCAUGUCCCAACACUGUAGACUGCUAUAUUUCCAAACCCACAGAGAAGACGAUUUUCCUGUAUUUUCUGGUGGCAUCUUCAUGUCUCUGCAUUGUAUUAAAUCUAAGUGAACUGAGUUAUCUCAUUUUCAAAUACUCCAUAAAAUGUUAUCUGAAGAGGUACAUCAAGAAACAUCAAGGCUCAAAAAGUGAUUGCCACAAAUCAGAAAUCAUCGGUCACAACAGAUCAGCCGCUGGAGGAUGGUUCUACAACAGCUCCUCGUCCUUGUCUUUGAAUAUACAAGACGAAUGUGAAAAAAGCUCCCCAUUGACUUGAAAGAAGGUUAGAAACUGCCUUCCCCUUAUACAAGCUGUAUUUGGUGAAUUGCUUUUCCAAUCACUGCUUUGCAGAACUGAAAGGAUAGUUACAUUGGAUAUAUUUUUUCUCUAUUAGUUCCCCCUUGAUUGACUAGGUAAGUUCAGUCGCAUUAUGUAUGUCAUACAUAGAAUCAUCUAGAUCUGUUCAUCUUGAAACAAGAGGUACAGGAGUCUGAAAAUUCCAUGAAGUUUUAAUAUAAACACAGAUGCUUACAAUAAAUCAUGAUGAAACAAUUGCUCAAGCAGUUGUGUUUUGAAUAUUACACAGAAUUGUUUUGGUACAAGCAAAAAGAGGCUUUUUAUAUGCAGAGUUGGAAGAACCUGGGAUUAAGAGGCUGAACAAUAAGGGGAUGUACAGCAUUUGCCAGGUGGGUGGAUCCGAUA